AUGCGAUUCAGCAUGAAGGCUGGCGUAUUGUUUUUCAUGUUAGCGGUGUACUUCGUUGCCGCUGACCCUAUCCCUGAACCAGAGCCAGAACCAGGAUAUGGUCAUCAUGGAGAGGAAAAAAAAGUGAUUGUCAUCAAAGAUCAAACGGAGCAUCAUCAUCAUCACCACCACCACCAUCAUCAUAAACAUGGUCAUGAUCACAAACACGGCCAUGAACACAAGCAUGAUCACAGUCAUGGGCAUGAGCACAAACAUGAUCAUAAACACGGACAUGAUCACAAGCAUGAUCAUAGCCAUGGGCAUGACCACAAACAUGAUCAUAAACACGACCAUGAUCACAAACACGGGCAUGAUCAUCAUCAUGCUCACAAGCAUGGUCAUGAUCAUAAACACCAUCAUGGACAUCAUCAUAGUCAUGACCAUAAACAUGGACAUGACCAUAAACAUGGUCAUGAUCAUAAGCACAGCCAUGGACAUAGCCAUGAUCAUAAACAUGGUCACAACCACUUACAUAAACAUGGACAUGACCACAGUCAUCACCACGGACAUCAUCAUGACCACAAACAUGGUCAUGAUCACAAGCACGGCCAUGAUCACAAGCACCACCAUGGACACAGUCACGCCCACAAGCAUGGUCAUGAUCACCAUCACAGCCAUGGACAUCAUCAUGCUCAUAAACAUGGUCAUGAUCAUAAACACGGUCAUGAUCACAAACAUAGCCAUGGACACAAUCACCAUCAUGGACAUGAUCACAAACAUCACCACGGACAUGAUCACAAACACGGACACAGUCACCACCAUGGACAUGAUCACAAGCACGGACACAGUCACCACCAUGGACAUGACCACAAACACGGACACAAUCACCACCAUGGACAUGAUCAUAAACACGGACAUCACCACGGCCAUCAUCACGGACACAAGCACGGGCAUCAUCAUGGACACCACCAUGGACAUCACCAUGGACACCAUCACGGUCAUCAUCAUGGACAUCACCACGGACAUGGACAUAGCUACGGAGGUCAUGGCAAUGGUGGUCACAGCCUUGGUGGAUACAGCUACGGUGGCCUUGGUGAUCAUCAUGGUUUCUCCUUCGGACACGGCUACGACUUCAAAAUAUAA